GCAAUAUCAAUGGACGACAUGAAAUUUGAUCAUAAAGGGUUUUCAUGUCAACAAAAUGGAAAUGGUCAUCUAAAUCUCGUAUAGAUGUUUACAAACGCAUUUUGUAGAAAAUGUCACAUUGGAUAUGGGCAACAGUCACGAUAAAGCACCGCUGAGGAAAGCCUUAUCCGUACCGGACACACAGAGCUUGUCAGCCAAUGCAUCUUUUGUGAGAGAGAAGUCCCGUAGUUCCAACCGCCUGUUCCGCAUCGGUUCAUCGCGGGAUGUCCGGCGAGCCAAUAUACCACGUCGAGAAGAACAACCUCAUCUAUGGGGGGUACCCCUCACUGAGGCGCUUUUCUUACCAGAUUUCCCCGUCAGAGGAGACCUGGAAGAUCAAGAAUUUGAGGUGAUAGACAUCAUUGCAAGGGGAGCUUAUGGGAAUGUUCUCAAGGCACAGAGGGAAGAUGAGAAGAAAUUUUAUGCAGUCAAGGUGCUGGAGAAGAAGCAGAUCAUUGGGGAGAGUGCAAUACAGCAGUGUAAAGAUGAGGCAGCAAUACAGUCCAUGCUCGGUGACCAUCCAUACAUCGUUAAACUUAAUGAAUACUGGCAAUCCAAGAAAUAUUUGUUUAUAGACUACCUUCAUAAUUCAGGAGUUAUUUUUCGGGAUUUAAAGAUGGAAAACAUCUUGUUUGAUCCCAAAGGGCACAUACAGCUGAUAGACUUCGGACUAUCCAAAUGGCUUCAGAAAGGAGACAGGACGAGGACGAUAUGUGGAACUUUGCAAUAUAUGGCACCCGAAGUGUUGAGUGCCUACCCAUACGGACAUCAGGCAGACUGGUGGUCGCUGGGGAUCCUCAUGUAUGUCAUGAUAUCAGGCAAGUAUCCAGUGGAAGCAGCCAGGGACCACCGGACGAUGGCGGAGAAGGUCUACCAGUGCGACUUCCUGAUGCCGGAGAGUGUCGGGAAUGAUGCUCAGGACGUCGUACAUAGACUGUUGACGAAGGCACCGCAGCGGAGAGCUGUGGUUCUGGCUGCUUUACAGGAGAUGGACUUCUUUAAGAAUAUCAACUUUACAGAUCUUAUCGAGAAAAAAGUAACUCUCCCCAUGGAUGUAGUCCCAGCCGAGUUUUUCCCAAUGACAGGGUUGAGUUGGGCUCCACUCUUAGCUGAGAAGGAGAUGGAGGAAGAAUUUACAGGGUUUGAUGGCCAGAAUGUGCAGUGGAAUCUCCCAGAAGGAGCAACGCCGGUGUUUGUGUGAAACUGUGUAAUCCAGAUGUGUGUGAGUGUGAGACUGUGUUAAAUCCAGCCCAGGACUUCAAAGUAUUAUUCACCCGUUGUUAUCUCUGUGCGAAGACAAAGUCACCUGGGAUGGAGGCACACAGGUGUAUAUUGUGGGAAAUGUAUAACAGAAGAACAGCAUUGUCAAGUCAUAUUGUGUGUGUGAUGCAUAUUACAGUUUUCAUUUGACGUUUUCCAUGGGAAUUCAUUUGUUCCAUUUCUGUUGAUGAUUCCAUGGAAAGGAUGAAGACUCAGUGCGUGCAUGUGAUGGAUUCUUCUUCUUAAUGGAGGCCCAAAGAAACUGACAAGGCUGUUUCAGGGUUGUCACCAACAGUGUGCAGUUCAUCCCUCACAUGUUUCUCUUGGACAUUUAUUGUGAUCAUCUUAUCGACACUCACUGUGAUCAUCUUGUCGACACUCAUUGUGAUCUUCUUGUCGACACUCAUUUUGAUCAUCUUGUCGACACUCAAUGUGAGCCUCUUAUGGACAGCUCAUUGUGAAGUCUCUCAUCUGGAUAUGAUUACUGGGCAGUGUUGAUGAAGCCGCUAGGAGACUGACCACGCUGUAGAUAUCUGGCCAAUGUAAUCAUUUGACUGCCCACGGUCACCUUCUGGAUAGCUCACUGUGAUCUUCUUGUGUACAGCUCAUUGUAAUCCUCGUGUACCCAGCUCAUUGUGAAGUUUCUCAUCUGGAUGUGAUUACUGGGUGAUCUUGAGGAAGCACACUAGGAGACUGACCACGCUGGUGUUCCCUGGUCAAGGAAGUCACAUUGUUUCCGAUUCUCUGAGCUUCAUGUGAUCCUCUUGUGAACCUCCCUUGUUAUGUGAUCCUCUUGUGAUCUGGAUGUGAUUUCUGGGAGGAAGUACACCAGUCAACACGACGAACCACACAACAUUGGAAUACACUCAUUCUGAAUAUAAGUUUCAACAUAGCGAUUCAUCAACCUCACCACAAGUCUGCACCCAAAACAGCAGGACAGUAACAGACAUCCUCCAUGAUGAGUUGAAGUCAGACGAGUUUGUACAUUGUGGUGAAUUCUCUACAUCUCGAUCCCAUUGUUAUUUAGAUUCAUGUCCACAUGUUAAUGUUAAUCCUCACCCUGAUUCAUGUCCUCUCCUGACCCUGUUAUGUUAAUGUUAAUCCUCACCCUGACCCUGUUAAUCCUCUCCCCUGUUAAUCCUCUCCCCCUGACCCUGUUAACCCCCACCCUGAAUCCCCUCACCCUGACCCUGUUAAUCCUCUCACUGACCCUCCUCUGACCCUGUUAAUCCUCACCCUGACCCUGUUAAUCCUCUCCCUGACCCUGUUAAUCCUCUCCCUGACCUGACCCUCUCCUGACCCUAAUCCUGUCCCUGAUCCUCUCCCUGACCCAUUAAUCCUCUUCCUGACACAACUGGCAUUACCCUUCAACCAAAAUGUACAUAAUCUUGUAUCCUAAUUUAAUCUUCCUCAAUGACUUACCAUUACUGAUCUAUUCCACAGAUCUGGCAUUAUUAGCUUCUAUCGUGUUCAUGAAGUGUAUUAUGAUUGGUUUAUGAAGGUCUUGUGACCAGUAAAUUGUUUGCUGUCAUAAAUAAUCUCAUUAAAAUCAGAUCAUUUGCUCCAAUAUGAUUCCCUCUCUGUAUGAAGAUCUGACCAUCAGGAAUCCACUCUAGGCUUACACUUCAAAAUUCUCUGUAUAAAUGUGGGGAGCAUUUGAACAAGCUUAUCUGAUUUCUGUCGGUCACAGAAAGACUUUAUCAAACUUUAUCAGGGACUUACAUUGCCAAAAUUAAAGCUUUGCCGUUAUUGGUAUUUUCUCCUGUCAUUGCUUUGUGCCAUAGUAUCAACAAUAUAUUUGUGUUCUGUAUGGGUUCUCUUCUGUGAGGGGCAGUGGGUAGCCUUGUGGUUAAACUCUUCGCUCGUCACGCCGAAGUCCUGGGUUUAUUUCCCGACAUUGUACAAUUUGUAAAGCCAAUAUCUGGUGUCCCCCGUGUUCAUAUUGCAGACCUAUUGCUAAAAGCAGCAUAAAAUCUAACUCACUCACUCUUGGGUACAAAUAGACAGUAUAGGGGGUGAUAAAGAAAAAAGACAUUUCGGAAAGAUGAAGUAUGACAAGCUGAAAACCCAGGUGUCCUUCAUUUUGUCUGGCUGGUCAAAGUUCAGGGUUCAUCUCACAACCUAGCUAUCCUCAGAUCUUGCACAGACAGGGGUCAUAUCAAAGUUAAAAGAAGUGAUUUUAAUGUGAUUUUAUCAUAAAAAAAUCACCAAUUAAAAACUGUUGCCUAUUU